AUGGACACCCUUCACGAUUACUCCGACUGGAUGCACUGGCCUGAAGAUGUCCUCUCGGAGGCCGCCCCCAUGUCACGGACGGCAGCGGAGCAAUCAUCAUCGCUGCUUCACCAGCAGCAACCAGAAGGCUAUGACGUAUCUCACUGGCCAGCGGAAUUGAUGGGCUGGGAGAAGCAGCCUUCUCUACUUGAUGCCUCCACGUUGCCAGAUGGCAAUGUGGGGGAAAUCUUUGGUAUGAACGGGGAACAGUCACGGUCUCCGGGGCCCAGUGCAGCUGGUUUCUCCCACCACUCUACUAGCACGCUCGCGCAGUCUGGACUUCGUACCCCUCCUGUAUCCCUUCCUUUGGAUCUCGACAUCCCUCCAAACCAAGAGGAAUCCCUCUUCCGGGAGUCUCCUGCGCCAUCCUCGCCGACGGCGCAACCCUCGUCCAAUCCCUACUCUCGUAGGCCGCGGGAUACGGAUUUCUUGCUGCACAAGUAUCCCUCUACGUCAAAUGUGUCGCCUGCCGUUUCGCACCCCGCGCCACCUGCGCCCAAUAGCGUCCUUCCGACGUUGGUAUUGACGUCCUCGAGGCCGCGAAACGUUCAGUACGGACACUCUCGGGACGAUAUCGACAGGAUCCUGAGCGAGGCCACCGCUCCCACAACCGCGUGUCCGUAUUGCGGAAAGCGCAUCACCGGCGCUGGCCUCGAGCGUCACCUCCAGACCCACGCUGCAGGACAGAGACAGGACGAGAUCUACUGUAUUGGAGUUCCUCCCGAGUCGCAACCUUCGGACGGCGUUAAACGCCAGCAGUACCUUCAUCCGAUGACUGGUGAAAUCUUUGUGGGCGGUUGCGGUACAGGAUUCAGUCGACGAGACGCAUACCUGCGCCAUUUUCGGAAGGCGACCUGCUUGCCGGGAGCGGAUGCUUGGCGAAGACGAAUAGGUGGAGGCGAGCCUGACUAAGGAGAUAAUGAGUUACUAUACGAUAUGUUCCAGAUACUCGCUGUGACCUAGAUGGCUUCAGUCGCAUUUCGAACUUUCGCGUUUAGUCACAGUGGAGCCCGCUGCUCGAUGGACGCUCGAUCUAGAGAAGAUAUUUCACGAACGUUGAAACUGGAUUGGACGGACGCAUUUGAAGCAUACAGACAACUAGCUAGCAGGUCACUGUUGACUGUUC